AUGGCAGGUGAAGCCACAACACCAGAUCCAGCUCAAAAUCUCAAUCAGAGUCACUUCAAUGUUCAACGAGUUGGUAUACCUGUUUCUGCGAGCUCUGCGAGUAGCAAUGGGCAAGGUAUUGACUAUGAUCAUCCUCUAUUACUUAUCCCUAUAGAUGUGAGUGGAAUUAGCAUUAUAUCAUUUCAGUUGCAUGGUGUGGAAAACUACACCUUAUGGAAUCGAUCAAUCAAACUAGCUCUAUUAGGAAGAAAUAAGUUAGGGUUAGUGGAUGGACCAUGCAGGAAGAAAAUGUAUAGUGAAGAACUGUGGGGCCAAUGGAAAAGAGUGAAUGCUAUUGUGUUGUCAUGGUUAAUGAAUUCAGUUUCGAAGAGCCUACUUAGUGGAGUUGCAUUUGCUUCAAGUGCUUUGAAUGUGUGGACUGAUCUGCAAGAGAGAUUUGAUAGAGUUGAUGGAUCAAGAACUUAUAGUUUACACAAAGAAAUUGCCACUUUACAGCAGGGUACUGCUUUUCUCAGUAUAUUAUACUGA